AUAGUCGGUCACACUGUUUCUCCCUCUUUUCGCCAAAAUUUUGUUGGCGUGUUGUCAAAUUCUUUAGCAUUUGAUAGGCUUUUCGCUUCGAUAGAACCGGACCAGAUAAAACAGCGACAAUGUACGGUGGAGACGAAUACGCAAGCAAUUCGGAGUACUACGAUGACUACGCGCAUACCGGGGAUCCGCAGCUGGACAUGGAGUACGAGAGGAACUACUACGCUGCCCGGAUGCCGGACAACGUCAAGUACUUCCUGAUCAACUUCUGCCAGGCGAUCAAGGAGGGCAACUUGUACGACAUCCAGAACAUGUACGAGAACACCUUCCCGCAGAUCAGCGACCACCACUUUGACAAGACCGCCUGGCCCGAGGAGCAGGAGGUAGCUGCCAUCGUGGACAACGAUAAGGUCUUCCUGAUUCUGUACAAGGAGCUCUACUACCGCCACAUCCAUGCCCGCAUUCCUGGCGGCCCCAAGUUGGACCAGAGGAUCAACUCGUUCUUCAACUACUGCGACUUCUUCAACCUGAUCAUCUCGGCCCAGAACCCGGUGAUGCUGGAACUGCCCGACAUCUGGCUGUGGGAGUUGGUUGAUGAGUUCGUUUAUCAGUUCCAGAACUUUGCGCAGUAUCGUGCCCGCCUUACGGACAAGUCCCAGGAAGAGAUCCAGCAGCUGUGCAUGAACCACAGCAACGUGUGGAGCAUUCUCUGCAUUCUGAACGUGCUGCACUCCCUGGUGGACAUCUCGAACAUCAAGAAGCAGCUGGAGGCCAUCUCCCAGGGCGUCGAUCCCCAGACCGUGGCCGGUGACUUCGGCAAGCUGUCGUUCUAUAAGAUGCUGGGCUACUUCUCUCUCGUUGGCUUGCUGCGCGUGCACUCGUUGCUGGGUGACUACUACCAGGCCAUCAAGGUGCUGGAACCCAUUGAGAUUCACAAGAAGUCCGCAUACUCGCACAUCCCCGCCUGCCAGAUUUCCACAUCCUACUACGUCGGCUUCGCCUACAUGAUGAUGCGCCGCUACGCCGAUGCCAUUCGCACAUUCUCGGACAUCCUGCUCUACAUCCAGCGCACCAAGCAGCUGUACAGCACGCGUUCGUACCAGAACGACCAGAUCAACAAGCAGGCUGAGCAGAUGUACCACCUCCUGGCCAUCUGCCUGGUUCUGCAUCCUCAGUGCAUCGACGAAUCCAUUCAGCAGGUGCUGCGGGAGAAGAACUACCACGACGCCAUGUUCAAGAUGCAGUGCGGCGAUCUGGAGGUGUUCAAGUCCUUCUUUGUGUUCGCCUGCCCGCGAUUCGUGAGCCCCUGCCCGCCUGCCGCCGAUGCGCCCAUGGAGGAUUACGUAAAAGACCCCAUGGAGCACCAGCUGCUGGUGUUCAUGGAUGAGGUGCGCCAGCAGAAGGAUCUGCCCACCACGCGCUCGUAUCUGAAGCUGUACACCACCCUGCCGCUGACCAAACUGGCUUCCUUUAUCGAUCCCAACGCCAGCGAGGAUGACGUGUCCAAGCUGCUGAUUCGUUUGCUUUGCUUCAAGCACAAAAUGCGCAACCUGGUGUGGAGCAAGGGUCCCAGUGGCCUAGAGGGCACAUUUAAGUCGGGCUCUGAGCUGGACUUCUACAUCGAUGACGACAUGAUUCACAUAGCGGACACCAAGGUAUCUCAUCGUUAUGGCGACUUCUUUGUGCGUAAAAUCCUCAAGUUCAACGAUCUGAAUCGCAAGCUGAAGAACAUCAACAUUUAAGCCAUUUAAACCGACUCCUUGUGACCCUUAAUGAUAUAUUUAAUAUUCCAAACUGGACCGAUUUGUUUUAAAAUUAAUAAUAAUAAAAUCGCUUGCGAUUAUGCGCAAGUUUGGUCCACAAAAA